CCUCUUUAUAAAAACCCGCUCGUCUCCACUCGUUUCAUUCAGCAUUCAGCUUCUCUCUCAAUUUUAUUUCAUUUUUUUUAACUCAAAAUCGAAAUUUCUCAUGGCGCCGAGAGAUAAGACGGCCGCCGUUAAAUCUAACGGCGGGGAAUCCAAGGAUGUGCAUUUUAGAGGCGUGAGGAAGAGGCCAUGGGGAAGAUACGCGGCGGAGAUAAGAGAUCCCGGCAAGAAGAGCCGUGUUUGGCUCGGAACAUUUGAUACUGCUGAGGAGGCGGCACGUGCUUACGACGCUGCUGCUCGUGAGUUUCGCGGCGUUAAAGCAAAAACUAAUUUUCCGUUAGCCGUCACUGAGAACGUUAACAGUAAUAUUUUUAUGAGCAAGAAGAAGAUUAAUAAUGAGAAUGAUAAUAUUAAUCAGAGCCCUAGCCCUAGUAGUACUGUCGAGUCAUCAAGCGGCCGUGAGACGCCGGCGUUAAUGAUGGAGUCUUCUUCACCGUUGGAUCUUAAUCUCGGUCCUUGCUCCUCUUCAUCUGCUGGCGGCGUUAGGUUUCCGUUUCAGCCGGUGAUGCCGGCGGUGGUCGGCAGUGUUUUUACAGCGCCGGUGAUGAAUCGAGUUACUCAUCAUCAUCAGCAACAACAGGCGCUUUAUUUUGAUGCGAUGAUGAAGAAUCAGUAUCAACGGCUGUUAUUUGAUCAUCAUCAGCAGCAACAGGUGAUAAUGUUUGGCGGCGGUGGGGCUCAGGCUCAGGCUCAGGCUCAGAGUGAUUCUGAUUCAUCGUCCGUCGUUGAUCAUCCGCCACGUAGAUCUUUUGAUUUCGAUCUUAAUCUCCCGGCCCAACCGGAAAUCGCCUGAUUUUUUUGAACGGUCCAAAGCAAAAUCAAACCGUUCCUAAUAAUUCUUUUCCAUUUCAAAUUCUCUCUGAAAUUUGAUUUGUUUUUCCUACUUUGUUUGAUAGGAUUAAAUUAGAUUAGAAAAAAAAAUACAAAAGCAAAUCAUAAGAGCUUUGUGAUUGGGUUUUUCAUCCUUGUCGAUGUGUAUACGUAGCAUUUGGAAGCGGAUCUUCCCCUUUUUGCAACGGUGAGCUUGUCUCACUGUUGUUGUUAAUCACGAUUAUGUAAUACUUAUUUGUUUUGUUAAUUCCAGUUUUAAUCAGUUGUUUA